AUGUGUAUGAAAAAGUCUUCUUCAAAAGAAGAUACCAUAAAAGAAAAAGCUGAAAUUUACAGAGAAGAAGAUAUCUUGCCAUUGGAUGUUAAAGAAAAUCAACAGACAAAUAAAACAUUACUUACCUUGUUGAAAAAAGCAGAACAAGAAAAAAAGAAUUUGUUGAUAGAGAAAAACAGACUUAUAGAUCAAAAUGACAAACUUAUUGAGGAAAAUCAUUUAUUAAACAUAAAAGUAGAGCAACUACAAACAGAUGUACAAGAACUGCAAACAGACGUACAACAAUUGCAAACAGACGUACAACAAUUGCAAACAGACGUACAACAAUUGCAAACAGACGUACAACAUAAAUCCUGUACUAUUACACAAUUAGAAGAAGAUAAACGGAACGAAGUCAAAAAGAUAGCUACAAAUGCCUUGAAGAAAGUAUUUACUUCUGGACAGAUAAAAAUGCUAAUGUCAUCAAAUGACAAUAUUAGAAUUAAAAGGUCAUCCGAGGAUAUCACAUCUGCUAUAAACUUAAGAUCGUUAAGUCCAAAGGCGUAUCGAUAUUUGAGAGAAAUAAAAAGAUACCAUUGCCAUGCGAAUCAACCUUACAAAACUGGUAAACACUCAGGACACGCAAUUUCACCAGGUGAAAAUACUGCGGGAGACAGCAGUUCCACAACCUUAAUAGAUAUCCAAGAUACGCGUUGCGAUAAUUUUACAACUCCAACGUGCUCACAUUUUCUAUCAGACGAGAAUGAAAUCAUAACUAGAGAAGAAGAGGAAAUAUUUAUGGGCAUUCCUAAAUUAGAAAAAAAUUGCACAAGAACAGAAGAGGAAGCAAUGGAAAAAAAUAAUGCGGAAGAGGAAGAAAAUGGUGAAGCUCUAAAUUUAGAUAGUUAUAAACCUACUGUUGAAGAAGUAGAGCUGCUAGAAAGUUUCGAGCAA